GGAAUGUGUAUAUCAACAACAGGAUCGAACAUAAUAUGUGACUUGUGAUCAAUAAAUCCUGGCUGAUUGAUAGACGGUGUAUUUGUCAGAAGAGGUGACAAGAACAGAAAUACAUGAAGCAAAGCUAUGAAGAAAUCUUUUAAUGACAGAAGCAAGGAGUCCAAUACAUCAAGCAUUUUCGCAGAUACCUAUAUGUUCUCAAAGGAGACAGUAAACAUAAACCCCAAACCUUUCUCAUGUUCUGAAUGCGGAAAAUGUUUUGGGCGGUAUUCAGAAUGUGUCAUUCAUCAGAGAACUCACACAGGAGAGAAACCCUUCUCAUGUUCUGAAUGUGGAAAAUGUUUUGGACACCGUUCAAAUCUUGUUACACAUCAGAGAAUUCACACCGGAGAGAAACCCUUCUCAUGUUCUGAAUGUGGAAAGUGUUUUGGGCGACAUUCAAAUCUUGUUACACAUCAGAUAAUUCACACCGGAGAGAAACCCUUCUCAUGUUCUGAAUGCGGAAAAUGUUUUGGGACACAUCAGGAACUUGUCCGUCAUCAGAGAACUCACACAGGAGAGAAGCCCUUCUCAUGUUCUGAAUGCGGAAAAUGUUUUGGACACCGUUCAAAUCUUGUUAUACAUCAGAGAACUCACACAGGAGAGAAACCAUUCUCAUGUUCUGAAUGCGGAAAAUGUUUUAUUCAACAUUCAGACCUUGUCAGUCAUCAGAGAACUCACACAGGAGAGAAACCAUUCUCAUGUUCUGAAUGCGGAAAAUGUUUUGGGCGGCAUUCAGAAUGUGUCAAUCAUCAGAGAACUCACACGGGAGAGAAAACAUUCUCAUGUUCUGAAUGUGGAAAAUGUUUUGGGCAACAUUCAAAUCUUGUUACACAUCAGAUAAUUCACACAGGAGAGAAACCCUUCUCAUGUUCUGAAUGCGGAAAAUGUUUUGGGCGACAUCAGGAACUUGUCCGUCAUCAGAGAACUCACACAGGAGAGAAGCCCUUCUCAUGUUCUGAAUGUGGAAAAUGUUUUGGGCGACAUCCAAAUCUUGUUACACAUCAGAGAAUUCACACAGUUGAGAAACUGUUCUCAUGUUCUGAAUGUGGAAAAUGUUUUGGGCAAUAUUCAAAUCUUGUUACACAUCAGAUAAUUCACACCGGAGAGAAACCCUUCUCAUGUUCUGAAUGCGGGAAAUGUUUUGGGACACAUCAGGAACUUGUCCGUCAUCAGAGAACUCACACAGGAGAGAAGCCCUUCUCAUGUUCUGAAUGUGGAAAAUGUUUUGGGCGACAUUCAACUCUUGUUACACAUCAGAGAGUUCACACAGGAGAGAAACCAUUCUCAUGUUCUGAAUGUGGAAAAUGUUUUGGACACCGUUCAAAUCUUGUUACACAUCAGAGAACUCACACCGGAGAGAAGCCUUUCUAAUGUACUGAAUGUGGAAAAUGUUUUGGGCAACAUUCAACUCUUGUUACACAUCAGAGAAUUCACACAGGAGAGAAACCAUUCUCAUGUUCUGAAUGCGGAAAAUGUUUUAUUCAUCAUUCAGACCUUGUCAGUCAUCAGAGAACUCACACAGGAGAGAAACCCUUCUCAUGUUCUGAAUGUGGAAAAUGUUUUGUGCAACAUUCAAAUCUUGUUAAACAUCAGAGAAUUCACACCGGAGAGAAACCCUUCUCAUGUUCUGAAUGUGGAAAGUGUUUUGGGCAACAUUCAAAUCUUGUUACACAUCAGAUAAUUCACACCGGAGAGAAACUCUUCUCAUGUUCUGAAUGUGGAAAAUGUUUUGGGCAACAUUCAAAUCUUGUUAAACAUCAGAGAAUUCACACCGGAGAGAAACCCUUCUCAUGUUCUGAAUGUGGAAAAUGUUUUGGGCAACAUUCAAAUCUUGUUACACAUCAGAUAAUUCACACAGGAGAGAAGCCCUUCUCAUGUUCUGAAUGUGGAAAAUGUUUUGGACACCAUUCAAAUCUUGUUAUACAUCAGAGAACUCACACAGGAGAGAAACCAUUCUCAUGUUCUGAAUGCGGAAAAUGUUUUAUUCAACAUUCAGACCUUGUCAGUCAUCAGAGAACUCACACAGGAGAGAAGCCCUUCUCAUGUUCUGAAUGUGGAAAAUGUUUUGGACACCAUUCAAAUCUUGUUAUACAUCAGAGAACUCACACAGGAGAGAAACCAUUCUCAUGUUCUGAAUGCGGAAAAUGUUUUGGGUGGCAUUCAGACCUUGUCCGUCAUCAGAGAACUCACACAGGAGAGAAGCCCUUCUCAUGUUCUGAAUGUGGAAAAUGUUUUGGGCGACAUUCAACUCUUGUUACACAUCAGAGAAUUCACACAGGAGAGAAACCAUUCUCAUGUUCUGAAUGCGGAAAAUGUUUUGGACACCGUUCAAAUCUUUUUACACAUCAGAGAACUCACACCGGAGAGAAGCCUUUCUAAUUAAACAUAAACCCCAAACCUUUCUCAUGUUCUGAAUGUGGAAAAUGUUUUGGGCAACAUUCAACUCUUGUUACACAUCAGAGAAUUCACACAGGAGAGAAACCAUUCUCAUGUUCUGAAUGCGGAAAAUGUUUUAUUCAUCAUUCAGACCUUGUCAGUCAUCAGAGAACUCACACAGGAGAGAAACCCUUCUCAUGUUCUGAAUGUGGAAAAUGUUUUGGGCAACAUUCAAAUCUUGUUAAACAUCAGAGAAUUCACACCGGAGAGAAACCCUUCUCAUGUUCUGAAUGUGGAAAGUGUUUUGGGCAACAUUCAAAUCUUGUUACACAUCAGAUAAUUCACACCGGAGAGAAACCCUUCUCAUGUUCUGAAUGCGGAAAAUGUUUUGGGACACAUCAGGAACUUGUCCGUCAUCAGAGAACUCACACAGGAGAGAAACCCUUCUCAUGUUCUGAAUGUGGAAAAUGUUUUGGACACCAUUCAAAUCUUGUUAUACAUCAGAGAACUCACACAGGAGAGAAACCAUUCUCAUGUUCUGAAUGCGGAAAAUGUUUUAUUCAACAUUCAGACCUUGUCAGUCAUCAGAGAACUCACACAGGAGAAAAACCAUUCUCAUGUUCUGAAUGCGGAAAAUGUUUUGGGUGGCAUUCAGACCUUGUCCGUCAUCAGAGAACUCACACAGGAGAGAAGCCCUUCUCAUGUUCUGAAUGUGGAAAAUGUUUUGGGCGACAUUCAACUCUUGUUACACAUCAGAGAAUUCACACAGGAGAGAAACCAUUCUCAUGUUCUGAAUGCGGAAAAUGUUUUGGACACCGUUCAAAUCUUUUUACACAUCAGAGAACUCACACCGGAGAGAAGCCUUUCUAAUGUAGUAAAUGUGGGGAAUCUUUUACCAUACAAUCUGAGCUUGCUUGUCAUCAGAAAACUCACACAGGAGAGAAGCCGUACUCGUGUUCUGAAUGUGAAAAACAUUUUUUCACUCACCCAGAGCUUGUCCGUCAUCAGAGAAGUCACACAGGAGAGAAGCCCUUCUCCUGUUCUGAAUGCGGAAAAUGUUUUGGGCGUCAUCAGGAACUUGUCAGUCAUCAGAGAACUCACACAGGAGAAAAGCCCUUCUCAUGUUCUGAAUGUGGAAAAUAUUUUGGUCAACAUUCAAAUCUUGUUACACAUCAGAAAACUCACACAGGAGAGAAACCAUUCUCAUGUUCGGAAUGCGGAAAAUGUUUUGGAAACCGUUCAAAUCUUGUUAUACAUCAGAGAACUCACACAGGAGAGAAACCAUUCUCAUGUUAUGAAUGUGGAAAAUGUUUUGUUCAACAUUCAAAUCUUGUUAAACAUCAGAUAAUUCACACAGGAGAGAAACCCUUCUCAUGUUCUGAAUGUGGAAAAUGUUUUGGGAAGCAUUCAGAAUAUGUUAUUCAUCAGAGAACUCACACAGGAGAGAAACCAUUCUCAUGUUCUGAAUGUGGAAAAUGUUUUGGGCAACAUUCAAAUCUUGUUACACAUCAGAUAAUUCACACAGGAGAGAAACCCUUCUCAUGUUCUGAAUGCGAAAAAUGUUUUGGGCGACAUCAGGAACUUGUCCGUCAUCAGAGAACUCACACAGGAGAGAAACCCUUCUCAUGUUCUGAAUGUGGAAAAUGUUUUGGAUGCCAUUCAAAUCUUGUUAAACAUCAGAGAACUCACACCGGAGAGAAGCCUUUCUAAUGUAGUAAAUGUGGGGAAUGUUUUGCCAAUAAUGCAGAGCUUGUCCGUCAUCAGAGAAGUCACACAGGAGAGAAGCCCUUCUCCUGUUCUGAAUGCGGAAAAUGUUUUGGGCGACAUCAGGAACUUGUCAGUCAUCAGAGAACUCACACAGGAGAAAAGCCCUUCUCAUGUUCUGAAUGUGGAAAAUAUUUUGGUCAACAUUCAAAUCUUGUUACACAUCAGAGAACUCACACACGAGAGAAACCAUUCUCAUGUUCUGAAUGUGGAAAAUGUUUUGGUCAACAUUCAAAUCUUGUUACACAUCAGAAAACUCACACAGGAGAGAAACCAUUCUCAUGUUCGGAAUGCGGAAAAUGUUUUGGAAACCGUUCAAAUCUUGUUAUACAUCAGAGAACUCACACAGGAGAGAAACCCUUCUCAUGUUCUGAAUGCGGAAAAUGUUUUGGGCGACAUCAGGAACUUGUCCGUCAUCAGAGAACUCACACACGAGAGAAACCAUUCUCAUGUUCUGAAUGUGGAAAAUGUUUUGGUCAACAUUCAAAUCUUGUUAUACAUCAGAGAACUCACACAGGAGAGAAACCCUUCUCAUGUUCUGAAUGCGGAAAAUGUUUUGGGCGACAUCAGGAACUUGUCCGUCAUCAGAGAACUCACACAGGAGAGAAACCCUUCUCAUGUUCUGAAUGUGGAAAAUGUUUUGGGCAACAUUCAAUUCUUGUUACACAUCAGAGAACUCACACAGGAGAGAAACCAUUCACAUGUUCGGAAUGUGGAAAAUGUUUUGGGCAACAUUCAAAUCUUGUUACACAUCAGAUAAUUCACACAGGAGAGAAACCCUUCUCAUGUUCUGAAUGCGGAAAAUGUUUUGGGCGACAUCAGGAACUUGUCCAUCUUCUCCGUCAUCAGAGAACUCAUUCAGGAGAGAAACCUUUCUCAUGUUCGGAAUGUGGUAAAAGUUUCAUCACCAAAGCAGCGAUUGUCCGUCAUCAGAGAAGUCACACAGGAGAGAAGCCCUUCUCAUGUUCGGAAUGUGGAAAAUGUUUUAGGCGACAUUCAGAAUUUGUCAAUCAUCAGAGAGCUCAUACAGGAGAGAAACCAUUCUCAUGUUCUGAAUGUGGAAAAUGUUUUGGGCAACAUUCAAAUCUUGUUACACAUCAGAGAACUCACACAGGAGAGAAACCAUACUCGUGUUCUGAAUGCGGAAAAUGUUUUGGGCAACUUAGGGAUCUUGUUACACAUCAGAGAACUCACACAGGAGAGAAACCAUUCUCAUGUUCUGAAUGUGGAAAAUGUUUUGGGCAACAUUCAAAUCUUCUUACACAUCAGAGAACUCACACAGGAGAGAAACCAUUCUCAUGUUCUGAAUGUGGAAAAUGUUUUGGGCGACAUUCAAAUCUUGUUACACAUCAGAGAACUCACACAGGAGAGAAACCAUUCUCAUGUUCUGAAUGCGGAAAAUGUUUUGGACAACAUUCAGAAUGUGUCAAUCAUCAGAGAACUCACACAGGAGAGAAACCAUUCUCAUGUUCUGAAUGUGGAAAAUGUUUUGGGCGACAUUCAAAUCUUGUUACACAUCAGAGAACUCACACAGGAGAGAAACCAUACUCGUGUUCUGAAUGCGGAAAAUGUUUUGGGCAACUUAGGGAUCUUGUUACACAUCAGAGAACUCACACAGGAGAGAAACCAUUCUCAUGUUCUGAAUGUGGAAAAUGUUUUGGGCAACAUUCACAUCUUCUUACACAUCAGAGAACUCACACAGGAGAGAAACCAUUCUCAUGUUCUGAAUGUGGAAAAUGUUUUGGGCGACAUUCAAAUCUUGUUACACAUCAGAGAACUCACACAGGAGAGAAACCAUUCUCAUGUUCUGAAUGCGGAAAAUGUUUUGGACAACAUUCAGAAUGUGUCAAUCAUCAGAGAACUCACACAGGAGAGAAACCAUUCUCAUGUUCGGAAUGUGGGAAAAGUUUCAUCACCAAAACUGAGAUUGUCCGUCAUCAGAGAACUCACACAGGAGAGAAACCAUUCACAUGUUCUGAAUGCGGAAAAUGUUUUGGACGCCUUUCAUAUCUUGUUAUACAUCAGAGAACUCACACAGGAGAGAAACCAUUCUCAUGUUCUGAAUGUGGAAAAUGUUUUCUUACUAAAGCAAAUCUUCUCUGUCAUCAGAGAACUCAUUCAGGAGAGAAACCUUUCUCAUGUUCGGAAUGUGGGAAAAGUUUUGGAUACCGUUCGCAUCUUGUUACACAUCAGAGAAUUCACACAGGAGAGAAGCCCUUCUCAUGUUCUGAAUGUGGAAAAUGUUUUGGACACCGUUCAAAUCUUGUUACACAUCAGAGAACUCACACCGGAGAGAAGCCUUUCUAA